GAUACGAAAAGCCCAUUCUGUUAUUUUGGCCAAUUGAAAAAAAUAAAACGUCUGUUAAGCCGCGCCCACCGGAAAUACGUCUUACCACGGGGAAGUUUUGUUGUGCUGUGGGGUCCAUGUGCUGUUUGCAUAUCCACUUUCCAUGACUUUUCUCCAGAGAAACAAUGGUGACAAUAACAGAGAAGCUUCUACUGGAGAAAGGCUCGCCAAAAACGAAGAGACUCACGGCGAUCAAGACACUCAAUCUCUCCAAGCUCGGACUGACAUGUCCAGACUUGCCGGUCAAGCUGCUGUCCCGUCUUUGGUCCUUGGAGCGCUGGGAUCUUUCUGGGAACAAAUUGCAAGAGUUCCCCAAAAGCUUAGAGCUACCCGAGCUGCGCUUCUUGGACCUCAGCGACAACCAGAUGGAGGACGUCACCUCUUUGGCGUCUCUGCGCAGCCUGGAGGAGGUCAAGAUGGAGGACAACCUUUAUAUUACCGUGAGUGACAAUUACAAGCUAAUGACGCUGCUGCCCAAAUUGCGGAGUUACAACGGUAAAGACAUCACCAGUACCGCCAACCACGUGCGCUUCGUGUUCACCGAGAACCUGAGAACCAGGAUCAAUGCCUUGUGGCGGAGGAGUUACAACCAUCCAGACCCUCUUGCGCCUGAGAAAACGGCCGUUCUGGAGGAGGACUUUGUUAACGCGGCGCAGAAGCAGGUCAAAUAUGGACCCAGUUCAGUCAGCGACUUCACAAAAUGGAAGAAAUCAUGGCCAGGGAGCAUCUGCGAUCCCUCACGGAACCCGAGGAGGACGUGUCGAACAAGACCAAUACUUGUCAUUGAUGCUGUCGGCACACUUCUCGUUCGGGAGGUUCCGAUCCCCGCAAAAAGGAAGCGGGCCCCGGUGCUGAUGGAUGACGAUUUGCGACUGACUCCUCGCAAGAGGGCGCAAUCGGAUCCCUCCUUGGCUGAAGACGACCUCGAAAAACGCACGAUAGGCGGCGCGGGAGCUACCUUUGCAUUGACGCCUUCGCGCGCCCGUGCCAGGGGAAAGGCCGCCGGUGAGGGAACCGCCAAGAGUGGAGUGAAGGAGAAGACGAGGGAUGAGGCCACGAAGAGCAUUAACAAGAUGCAGCCGGUGUGCCUGCAGCCUCUUCAUGUCCUGCAAUGCCACAGCAAGGAGGACAACCCGCAAGACUUCUCCACUCAGCUUUGGGACUGCGCCUUCCAACCUCAGCCUGACUUCUCUGGAAGUCGCUUGGUUGCCACGUGCGGUGGAGAGUCUCUGUGCGUGAUCGAGUGUGAGACCGGUGCAGUGAUGAAGAAAUACAGAGUGGCCGGGGAGGAGUUCUUCUCGCUAGCCUGGUCCACGGUGCUGAUGUCCCGAGGGGGUGGAGCCUUGGCACAGCCCGUCAGCAUCCUGGCGGCAGGCGGAAAGCGAGGACUGGUCAAGCUGAUCCACCCCCGCUGCAACGUGGCCUACGGCGAGUUACGGGUGAGCCGCAAGGCCUUGUCCGUCCUCCGCUUCGACCCCCGGCAGGGCAACUUCCUCUUCACGGGCUGUUACGACAACAGGAUCGUGCUGUGGGACAUCGGGGGGCUCGACAGCGAGUACAAGUUUAAAGCGCUGCAGCUGCUGGCGUUGGAGAGUGUCUCCACGCCGCUGCACAUCUGCCUGCCGCCCAGUGGACCCGACGCACAACUGCUGGCGGCGUGCGAGGACGGCCUGCAUCUCUACGACGCCAUGCCGGCUCCCGCCAAGAGGUCUGACGGAGUGGAGAUCACCUUCCCUAUUUAUGAGAAGGAAGACAUAGAGCACAACUACCGCACCGUGGAUGGCAUCGCUUUCCUUGCCGGCGACGUCGUAGCCUCCAAGAACUUCACGCACGACUGCAUCUAUUUAUGGAGCUGGAGCCAGACGCGAUCUCAGCGGCCCGACGAGAGCGGGCGCGUGCGUGCUGUGGUACUAGCCAAGCUGCGCUGGGCCCAAACGGAGAUUCCUUAUCUGGCGCUCAACACCUGUCCCGGUCGAUCGUACGUCGUGUGCGGCGACCACGAAGGCAAGCUGUGGACGUAUCACGUGGCUGAUGUCGAGAAGGAGCAUUUCCACGGCGAGGAGCCCGUGGAGCCCACUGAGGUGCUUCGGUGGCCCGCCCCUGUACGCGAGGGUCUCUGUUGGGGGGAGGGCCCCUCCAUCAACAGCGUGGCCAUGGACCCAGACCUCUGGUACCUGGUGGCCCUCAGCGACAAGAAUGUGGUGACGGUGUGGAAGAGGGCGGCCUGAGCAAUGGCACACAACCUUUGACGACUUUGUGCGACACAUAACACUACGCUACUGCAGUUUGCAAACAUGCAGACCGCCUCUGCAAGCAAGCACACAUUUUACUCAUUGUAUUUUCCCCCCUACUUCCUUCCUCAUAAUCUGACCACAAGAUCCUUUUUGACGUUGACUGUAAAUUUUGUCCGUGGCGCAACAUUAAAGAGGAACCGAUGAUUGUGUGA